AUUGUAAUAUUUUAUCUAAUAUUAAAGCAGGUUGUUUUGUGAGCAAAGCGCAUCCACACAUUAGUAACAUUCGAGGUGCGUCUGAUCUCGCUCUCUGUGUGAAGUUAGCGAUCUUCAAAGCUCCGAGUCAAUUGAAUCGGUUCUUCACAAAUGAUUCAGUGUUUUGAAUCGCCGCUCGCUGAAGAGACAUUGCUGUUCGAUACUAAACACAACGAGAACAAACACAAACAUGUGAUGACAACUUUACCAACUGCUGGUGUGGUGUAAUGGCAAGCUUAAAUGUGCUGGCUACUGAACUAGAGCUGAUUGAGACACACCCAGAGAUUUCUUUUUCUUUUUUUCCCUGUUAAUUAUUCAAAUCUUAAACCGGCAAGUAUAUCCAAACUCACAGGAAAAACUCCUGCUGAAGUGACUGAGAUCCACGUGUACUUGAUUAUAAAGAUGGAGAUUAUUAAAGAGGAGAGUGAAGACGUGAAGAUUGAAGAAACAUUGAGAGUCGAACAUGAAGAAACUGAGGAACAAACAAAGAUGGAGAUUAUUAAAGAAGAGAGUGAAGAAACCUUCACAGUCAAACAUGAACAAACAGAUCUGAUGGCACUGAAAGAGGAGAGCGAAGAACUGAAUGAAAUGAAAGAGAAAGAUCAUGAUUUAAAAAAUGAAGAAACAUCUUUUACUUGUUUACAGACUGAAAAGAUUUCUAGAAAAAGGUCUAAAAACAGAGGACGAAAACAUUAUUUCAUCUGCGAAACAUGUGGAAGAAGUUUCAUUAAAAAAGAAAGCCUUAACAGACACAUGAGGGUUCACAUUGGAGAGAAGCCUCACACCUGCUCUCGGUGUAGAAAGAGUUUUGAUCAACAUGAAAACCUUGAAGUCCACAUGAGAACUCAUAGAAAGAAACUCUACAAUUGCUCUGAAUGUGGAAAGAGUUUCGGUCAAAAACGACACUUUGAAGGUCACAUGAGAAUUCACUCUGAAAGGCAAUCCUACACAUGCCCUCAGUGUGGAAAGAGUUUUAAUCAUAAAGGACGUUUUGAACACCACAUAAGAACUCACACUGGAGAGAAGCCUUUCACCUGCCAACAAUGUGGAAGAAGUUUCAGCCAAAAAGGAAACCUUGACAGGCACAUGAGUGUUCACACUGGAGAAAAGCCUUACAUCUGCCAACAGUGUGGAAGAGAUUUCAACCGCAAGGAAAACCUCAACUCCCACAUGAGCAUUCACACUAGAAAGAGUCUUUUCACCUGCCAACAGUGUAGAGUAAGUUUCACUCAAAAAGAAGGCUUUAACAGACACAUGAAAAUUCACAAUGUAGAGCAACUUAAAACAUGCGAACAGUGUGGAGAGAGUUUUGAUCAACAUGGAAACCUUGAAGUCCACAUGAAAACUCAUAGAGAGAAACCCUACACAUGCUUCGAGUGUGGAAAGAGUUUCUGUCAAAAACAACAGUUUGAAUACCACAUGAGAACUCACACUGGAGAGAAACCCUACACGUGCCCUCAGUGCGGAAAAGGUUUCAAUCAUAAACCACACUUGGAAAGCCACAAAAUGAUUCACACUGGAGAGAAACCUUUCACCUGCCAACAAUGUGGAAGAAGUUUCAGCCAAAAAGGAUCCCUUAACAAGCACAUAAUGCGACACACUGACGAGAAACCGUUUAAAUGUGGACACUGUGGAAAGAGUUUUAAAAAUAAAACAGCAUUUACACACCAUAUGAGUUUUCACAUUUGAAAAUAGCUGAGCAGUGGAUCUGGGUUUAUUUACACCUGUAUUUAAAAUGUGUUUUGGUUGAUGGGAUCACAAAUAGACUGUUCAUGUCUCUUUUGUCUACUUCUGUCCACCUUUUGUCAAGGGGAGGAGGGUAAAGGCUUGGGAUCUUUAACAUCUUAUGUAGCAAAUUAACUCAAAAUGGAAAUGUAUGAUUAAUUAUAACUGGUUAAAAUUAAUAAUGAAUAUUUAGAUUAGAUCUUAAAAUUAACUGUAGCCAUAUUGAUGUUAGAAUUAUUUGAUCUGUCGUCCACCGAGCAGUCACUUUUAGUGGUCGAACCGAUAUAUCGGCCGAUAAGUUUUUCUGCUUGGCCGAUGUGUUUGAGGUGGGACUUUUAUUUUGACAGCACUAUGAGAGAUAGCACCUGAGGCACACAGCGCUCACACUCUCCCUCUUUUACUGUUGUUAAAAGUUCUGUGUAAUAUGAUUAGAAGUCUGUCUAAUAAUCAGAUUGAACGGUUAAACUAAGGAAUUAAUGUAUAUAGUAAGUAUUAUAACAAUUGCUUUUAUAUUAGGCCUAUUAGUAAUAGAAAGGCUAACAAUAUAAUACUUUCUGGUUUGCCGUCAGCAUUAAGCAAAUAUGCAUUUAUAUAAUUAAAACAAACCUUUGAGUGAAUAAUGAACAUUUAAUUUCACAAACUUAGUUGAAUUCAGCUGUGAGAUCUUGUAAAGUGUGUAUCAAACAUGAUAAUGUGUUCUCUGCGUGACGGUCGAUCCGUGUGAAUUAAAUGAUUUAAACUUUACACUCCUGAUUUCAAAUUAUGCUGCACUUUGCCCACUGCCAUAUUCAUGUCAUUUACACUGUGUGCUGUAUGUAAAAUGAGGGUUAUCCUGGAUUUAUUUGAAAAAUAUGAUUCCCAGUGCACACAAACUUCCCAGAAUACUGAGUGCUCCAUUGGUUACAGUGUUUACCUUCCUUUUGAAUUAUAUUUGUAUUAAAUAUACUUCAGAUGACAUUAUUUUUCACAAAUAAUCAUGUUUCUUUUACACAUUUACUUUUAAAUCCAUUGUCAAAUUAUUACAAAUUUGAGUACUACUAAUAAUUUAAUAAAUCAUAUUGGAUUUAUAUCGGCUAUCACCCCCCGCUUUAUAAGAUAUCGGUUGACCACUAAUCACUAUUAUCAUUUCUAAAUUCUGGGAAAGAUGAUUUUCCUGCCCAAUGAUGAAUAAUCUUCCUACUUCAUGCAGUACUAGCAGUAGUUUAGCAUGUAGCAAGAAUUAACACUCGGUGACUCCAAAUUGGGAGCAGCACACAGAUACAAGCAAAGAAUCAAAAAUCACCUUAAUAAGGGGCUCAUACUUAAACACGCAUCUUAAUAGUUGUAAAUGAUGACAUGAGUCCUGAGGCGAUAGACACCUUAGGUUCUUGAUGAGUUCUUAAGGAGUGAGCUGGAGAUUGUCCUCUUGUUCUUGUGAAGAUAGGAAAGUCCACAGCGACUCAACUAAGUAACUUGAAGGAAACUAAUUUCUCAUUUUUCUCAAGAAUCAUAUUUUUCAAAUAAAUCCAGGAUAACCCUCAUUUUACAAGCAGAGAAAAUGACAUUAAUA